GCUUGGGGGGCUAUGCUAAUUUUUUGUGAAACGUUCGUAACAGUGUUUGUUUUGUUUUCAUAGAAAUGUUUCCCUGCUAUAUUUUUACUAUGUGUUAUAAUGGUGCUAUUUACCAUGCAUUAUCAUAUAUUUUUUGAAGGAUUUUUAUACAUCAUAGUUUUAAACAAUGACAGUAAUUUAAAGAUGCUUAUAAAAAAGUCAAGCUUACUAGAAACUAAUUUGUAAAUUUCUCAACACUAAGUACAACUAAUAAAUUAAACGAGUAAUUUGUUUUAUUACCAAUAUGAACGAUGUUCGCGAAAAAGUCGUUCCUGGAUCUUCUACAUGGGAGAGUGGGGCCUCUCCAACUGAUAGCUGUGCAGAGAACCAAACAGCAUUGGGACCUGGUGGUGAGACACCCCAGACUCCUGGAGCUCCGGCACCACUUGCGCCCCAUCUAGCUGCUGACCUACAUCCAGAUCUUAUUCAACAAGGUUGGCGUAAAUACUGGUCGAAAAGAGAAAACAGGCCAUAUUUUUGGAACAAAUUAUCGGGUGAAUCUAUGUGGGAGCUUCCGGCUGUAAAGAGAGAUUUUGAUCCAAUAACAGAUCCUUUAGGUAUUUGUCACACAGGACCUUCUAAUCCUGGAAAUAUGACACCAGGACCAAAUAAACGGAGACCGUCAGAAGAUAGUGGUCCUCCUCCAAAGAAAUUUGUACUAGCUGGACCUUGGGAUAUAGAAGUACCUACAAAUGUAGUUAUAUAUGAAAGACCACCAACCAUAUGUCCUCAUCCUAAUCCAGAUAUAGAAGGGUUUAGAUUCACUCUUGCUAAUAAAUUAAGACAAUGCUAUCAAGAAUUAUGUCACACAAGAGAGGGUAUAGAUGCCCCUAAAGAUUCAUUUAACAGAUGGUUAAUGGAAAGAAAAGUAAAUGACCAGGGAGGGUCAGAUCCACUGUUACCAAGUCAUUGCUUUCCAGAGAUUUCUUAUACUAUGUAUGAGGAAAUCAUGAAUGACAUUCCUAUUAAGUUGACUAAUCCUAAAUUCACUGGAGAUGCCAGAAAACAAUUGUCAAAAUAUGCUGAAGCUGCUAAAAAAAUGAUAGAAUCAAGAAAUGCAUCACCAGAAAGUCGCAAAGUUGUCAAAUGGAAUGCAGAAGACACAUUUCAGUGGCUACGACGAACUGUUGGAGCAACUUACGAUGAUUUUCAAGACAGACUAGCACAUCUUAGGAGACAAUGUCAGCCACAUUUAGCAGAGACUGUAAAAGCAUCUGUGGAAGGAAUAUGUUUGAAGAUUUAUCAUCUAUCAGCUGAAUAUGCAAGAAAAAUACGAGAAAAACACAGUGCACUACUAAAAGAAAAUGGCAUACAGGAGUUACCAGCACCAUUGCAACAGGCAGCACUUCGCAAGGUGUGGUGCUAUCCAGUACAGUUUGCUCUGCCUGCACCUCGCGCACCUCUGUUAGAACAUUUUGUUGAUCGUGACACAACUGUUCUGCGUUAUCUCGGGGAGACUCAAAUUCUAAACUCAGCAUACCUUCAAAAAUUGGAAUGUCUUUACCGGUACAGCUGUUUCGACGACAAGAAAUUCGAACAGUUUUUGAGUCGCGUGUGGUGCCUGCUGAGACGGUACGCGGCGUGGGUGGGGGCCGGCUCUGAGGCGCACAUCACGCAGAUGGCGCUGCCUGUCUCCGUGCUCGAGUGCCUGCACAGGACGUUUGGUGUCACAUUCGAAUGUUUCGCGAGUCCGCUCGACUGCUACUUCAGACAGUAUUGCUCUGCUUUCGCCGACACUGACUCAUAUUUCGGAUCUCGCGGGCCUUUUUUGGAACUCCGUCCGGUGUCCGGGUCUAUGGUGGCGCACCCGCCGUACUGCGAGGAGCUGUUGGAGGCGGCGCUGCGGCACAUGGAACGCUUGCUGCAGGACUCGGCCGAGCCGCUGAGCUUCGUCGUGGUGCUGCCGGAGUGGCCCGAUCGACCUACACACGCUCUGCACAAAUUACAAGCUAGCCAUUUUAAGAGGAAACAGGUGGUGAUACCGGCAUUCGAACACGAAUAUCGCCAUGGAUUCCAGCAUGUACUUCCAAAUAGAUCGUUUGGUGUCAGGAACGAGGUGUACUUCAGAUGGGGCGGCGGCACGGUGGUAGUGUGGCUGCAGAACGCGGCGGGGUUCGCCCGGUGGGGGCCCACGGACGAGCGCGUGGAGUCGUUGUUGGACGCGUGGCGGCCGCGACACAAGCUGCGGGACGCGCCGCUGCCCGCCCCCGACCCCGCGCCCGCCCCGCACUCGCCCGCACCCCCGCCGCGGACCUAAUCCGCGCUCCGCAUUCCGCUCCUGUCCAAUUGCUCGGCCGAGCGUUCGCUGCGCGCGCACGCUUCGAUCCACAGAAAUGAAAACAAAAACUUAUCAAACGAUUACCUCGCUCUAUGGGUAUGUACUACUUUCGAUAAGUAAUUUGAUAACAUUUUUGCAAGAGUGAUGUGUGCGCGCGCAGCGAACGCUCGGAUGACCACCUGGAUAUAUUUAGCAGAAUCACAUGGCUCAUUCAUUCUUUACGUAUCGUUUUUUUUUCUUUUUUCGGUUCGUUUUGAGAUCCCUGUUGUAUAGAUGAUAAAGAUUUAUUAUGUUUUGAUUGUUUAUUAUAUUUUGUAAAAAUCUACUUUUACUUUUUACAUAAAGCUUGUGUUUUAUUGAUCGAAAUCCGAAAGGAUCUAGAUCACCCAAACAAAUCUUGCUAUGAAACUUCCUCCCCGACUUUCUCCUGAUCUGUUUGUUUUUAUUAGUUAUAAUUUUGUACGAUUUUGUUUAAAAUCAAUUUAGUAAAUUUAUAGAACCAAUUAUUACUAAAUUUUAUAGGAUUAUAGGAAUUAUAUUUGGUAGGAAUAAAAAUAUGAAAAAAUAAAUGUUAGGUUAAGAAAAAUCAGAAACUAGUAAAAAAGUAAAAACGUUGUUUAAGAAUAUGUAAACAAAGACGAGUAGUCUAAUUUUUUUUUAAGAUUAUUGUCUGGUAUACUGUACAUAGAUCUGGUUAAAUUGAUGCAAUGCCACUAAAACUAGAUUAAUGGAUCACAUCUUUAAUAAAUAAAUAAAAAAAUUACGGAACGACACUAACAAUGGUUAACAUUAUUUGUUGAUUAACAUCAGUAAACUUCUGUUUCUUAUAAAAUUAUAUGCAAAAUAUUUUACUAAAGAACCUGUGCCAUUAUAACAUCUAUCGACGUCCAACAUAGUCGAGGUCAACUACACCAGUUGAGCGGCCAUUUGUCUUUUUUGAUAGGUUUCCAAAAUGUAUUUGUGAAGUUGUCUGCGUUGAUAAGUGAUCAACUAUCUAGUGUAGAAUCAUAAAGUAUUCCGAAAAUAUUUUAACUAUACAUUCUUAAACUCCCGUUUAAGCUACGUUUAAAUUACUGUUUAAGAAUGCAUAAACGGAGAAAAUAAAACGUCUUUUAUUUUAUAGUGUUAGUUAUUUUUAUUAUUUUUGUUUUUAUUUUUUCAUUAAUUCUAGAUAACUAAACAGCUGGUUGUCUGGUUAAUGUAUAGUUAGUUCUAUUACGAUUUGUAUGGCGAAAUUAUUAAGGUCGUUGGAUAUAUUUUUUUCUAACUUACUAUGUGACGAUUUCAUAAAUGUAUAGAUCGAAUAGACGUUCUAUGGAUUUGACUCAUAUCACAAAAAAUAUAUGGGUCUUUACCUAUGAAAUUGCCGUUUUACAGUACUGGUUGGUCAUUUGAAAUGUAAUUGAUGCAUAGCUGGCAAAUGAAUAUUGACCUAAAAUGAAUUUUAAUUAAAAAAUAUGGAAUUAUAUUUUCAAAUUUACUCAUGUUUAUUAAUUAGCGUUCUGUUUUCACUACAUUCGUAUCUUUUUAAUAAAUAUCGAUAGGAUAAAGAUACGAGUAAAUAUGGAAUAAGAGUUCCGUGACGGUAACAAUGCCGUACAAAUGGCUCAUAACAUUAAUGAAGUGUACGGAGUGAAUCCUGCAAAUGUACGCACGACUCGUUAAUGAUUUGAACGAUUCGGGCAUGGAAAUUUUGAUCUUAAAAUUUAACUCCCGUGAUCGCUCGAAAAUUAACGACAACACGACGAACUAAAAAUUAUAGUGGAGGUGACGAUCAAUCUACUGCUGAGCUAAUACUGCUGCUUUUACUUAACAUCAAAACAAUAUUUAUUUGUCAAUUUCCGUCAAAUUGGAAAGGUAAAAAACUUGAUAAUUUGAAAUAAACGGUCACCAGUGCGACGAACGCUUUAAGGUAGGUAUGCCUGCCUUGCAUAACAGAUAUAGAAACGAAGGGAUUUUGAACCGCAUUGUCGUUUGCGAUGAAAAAUGGUUUCCUUUUGAUGAUCAUAAGGGGUCAUUAUGUUGGUUAGAGCUGGUUCAACAGAUAGUUCCAAACGCAAAAUGUAUCCCAGUCAGUCAGUGUAAUUCAUUACAGCGUGUUACGAAAUGGCAUCAGCAUUACUACCGUUGUGUACUGUGAGGAACUGGACACAAUGAUCGAGAAGCUCGUAAAAAAACGUUACUGUUUUUUUUAUUUUUUUUUAUUGACCUUCUAGACAGACGAGCAUGGCACGGCCCACCUGAUAGUGAGUGGUUACCGUUCGUGGACUCCAGGAAUGCCAGGGGCAGAGCCAAGCCGCUGCCCACUGUUUGGUAGUGAAGCUCGUGAAUCUCCAGCCAGCUUUUGUUAAUGUCCCCGCUGCUCCUACAAGACAACGCUCAAUCUAAUACGACACAACAAAGGGUCUCUGAACUUCAAGAACUAGGGUUGAGAGUUUUGCAUCAUUCACCAUACUCACCAGACCUUGUACCGACAGACUUCUACAAUCUCCAAACUUUGGACAAAUUGACAGAAAAAAAUUAAUAUCUACCCGAGAGGCAGCACAAAAUUAUAUUAGAGUUUGUUGGCUUCCGUACACCAGACUUCUUCAAGAAGGGCAUUUAAAAAUUACCAUUGUGUCGGCACAGAUACAUUAAUAAACUAGGCGCACAUUGAAUUGAAAGACAUAAAAAAUGACAAACUUUCUGUAUACUAAACGGCAAUUUUGUAGGUAAAAACCUAAUAAAAUAAAUGUUCGAAAAGACUGAAUUUUGUUGGAGAUGAGAAAUUUGAAAAUAGGAAAAACCGAAAAUUUUUAUAUAAUUUUUAAUAAUUAUUUUAGUGUUACAGAUAUGUCCAAAAUAUGCUAAGAAUUAACUAAUUAUAUUAAAAAAGAAAUAUUAGAACCGUUUUAAGCUCAUAGAACAUGAAAUUUCACUGAAUUAGUAAUUUACAAACUGUCGAGCUAUGAAAAUUUGCAAAUUAUAAUAUAUUUUUUUGUAUUUUAAGGUUCGACAUCAGUUAUUUAAUUUCAACAUUUUUAUCGAAUUAACAAAGAUAUUAAUGUAUGUAACAUCCGAAAUAUUCAAUUAUGGAUAGAGAAUACUAGAUAAAACGCAACAAAAAUGUGAAAAAUGUAAUAACCAGUUACUUGCAAAACGUUUUCUUUAAAGAACUAGAGACGACAGACGCGGCUAUCAUAUGCUUCUACUGCGUACAUACACUAUCGACUGUGUGUUUUAACUUAGCAAAAAUAGUAAAAAUUAAUAUCUACAAAACAUUUUAGAGAAAGUAUUAAUUAAAAAAAGUAAAUAUGUAUAAAUCUUUUAGUUUACAUUAAAUUCUAUUAUGGGUAGCUGUAAUGUUUAUAUCAAUAAUUAUUUAAUAUAUUUCUUUUAAAUCAAAACAUGUCUUAGUAUUAUUAUAUAAAAUAAUGAAUGCUGGUCAUUUUAAGAUAUUUAAAUUAUA